UAAUAUGUUUUAUUUUCAAUGUCUCCGAAACUUGAAAGCAAAUACGCCGUCGUUGAACGCGCUGUAAACCAGUUUGCGGUUUAAAAUGUCAGAACUGCGUUUUCAGGACCGUCCUGUAUUUCUCUUCACAACUUGAUUCUGUUUGGAACUUUAAAACUUAGCACUUCGAGCUAAAAGGUAAAGAAUGGCAAUGACGGGUCAGAGCUCAUGCUCCUCCAUGAGUAACCACACCAAGGAACGGGUCACCAUGGCUAAGGUGACCUUGGAGAACUUCUACAGCAACCUCAUUGCCCAGCACGAGGAGAGAGAGAUGAGGCAGAAGAAACUAGAGAAGGUGAUGGAUCAAGAAGGCUUGGCCGAUGAAGAAAAAAGUCGUCGGCGUACUGAACAUGCAAGAAAAGAGUCCGACUUUCUUCGCCUGAAGCGCACCCGACUCGGUCUGGAAGACUUUGAGUCCCUGAAGGUGAUUGGCCGUGGAGCAUUCGGAGAGGUGCGUCUCGUGCAGAAGAAAGACACCGGCCACGUCUAUGCCAUGAAGAUCCUUCGCAAAGCUGACAUGCUGGAGAAAGAACAGGUGGGUCACAUACGUGCUGAGCGGGACAUCCUGGUGGAGGCGGACAGUCUGUGGGUGGUCAAGAUGUUCUACAGCUUCCAAGAUAAGAUGAACCUCUACCUCAUCAUGGAGUUCUUACCUGGAGGAGACAUGAUGACUCUCCUGAUGAAGAAGGACACUCUGACAGAAGAGGCCACUCAGUUUUACAUUGCAGAGACAGUACUGGCCAUCGACUCCAUCCAUCAGUUGGGGUUCAUCCAUAGAGACAUCAAGCCAGACAACCUCCUGCUAGACUCUAAGGGUCACGUUAAGCUGUCGGACUUUGGACUGUGCACAGGACUGAAGAGAGCACAUCGUACUGAUUUCUACAAGAAUUUGAACCAUAGCCUGCCCAGUGACCUCAGUAAGCAAACUUUCCAGAACAUGAACUCCAAGAGAAAAGCAGAAACCUGGAAGAGGAACAGGAGACAGUUGGCUUUCUCCACCGUGGGAACACCAGAUUACAUUGCUCCUGAGGUUUUUAUGCAAAAUGGAUACAACAAACUCUGCGACUGGUGGAGUCUUGGCGUCAUCAUGUAUGAGAUGCUAAUAGGUUAUCCGCCUUUCUGCUCUGAGACACCUCAGGAGACGUACAGGAAAGUGAUGAACUGGCGAGAGACGCUCACCUUUCCUCCAGAAGUGCCUAUUUCUGAAAAGGCCAAAGAUCUCAUCCUCAGGUUCUGCUGUGAAGAGGAGCACAGAACCGGUGCUGCUGGUGUGGAGGAGAUCAAGUCCAAUCCUUUCUUUGAAGGGGUGGACUACGACCAUAUCAGGGAAAGGCCCGCCGCCAUCCCCAUCGAGAUCAAAAGCAUCGACGACACCUCAAACUUUGAUGACUUCCCGGAUUCCGAUAUCCUCACACCAACAGCCACUCAGGUGUCCAACCAUUCGGACGCCGACCUGAAGAAUAAAGACUGGGUGUUCAUCAACUACACAUACAAGCGCUUUGAAGGCCUCACCGCCCGGGGAGCUAUCCCGUCCUACAUGAAGUCCACCAAGAGAUGAAGCGAGCCCACCAAAAAGUCCUUGUCCCAGCAUGGGCAACUUGUUGCCUCCGACCAGAGAUGAGCAAUUAGUUUGGGGGGUGGGGAGGGGCUCCCGUUGAUUGCUUUGCACUGUAAAAAGCGCUGCCUUCGUUUUUCUUCACUUUGUCUGAUGCUUCCAACACCACAAUAAUGCUUCCUGCUCUUUAAGGAUUCUCCAUGGAAGCAGUGGUGGAAUUUUUUUGUUUGUUUUUUACUCAAAUACUAGCUCCAUCACAUUCCCUCUUUCAAAACCAGCACCAUUCAUCCUUUCUCACUGCUUGUCCACAUUUCGCAGACACUUGACAGGCGUCAAGUGCUCUCUUCAGGGAUUUUGUCCAAACAUGUUUCUGCUGCCAGCGCUGAGUGGUGUCCAACCAAAGACUGCAUCAAGAACUUCUCACUUAUGUCUGUCCCUGCGUAAUUACUUCGAAUGAUGUUUUUUUUUUUUUUAUUUGAUUUUCUUGAUGAUAAGAGGGAAUUUACUAACUCAUUGACGGCAAUAGGCAGACAAGUUAGAAUUGGAUGUCUAUCGUCGUCAAUGAGCUUAUGUUACUAUGUAAGUGUCAUGAUUUGGUAGCAGUUUUUCUUCUUAGGAAUGGACUACACCAAAAAACACCAGCAGUUCAUGGUGAACCCAUGUAAGCUAAUAUGAAAAAAAUCCUUAUUGUCCCCCAUGAUGUCGAAACUAGCAAAAUACAAUAGUCGUCUUUGCUUUCGUCGAUGUUAGCGAGGCCUUUGAGCAGUUAGUUGAAACUGGAGUGGCGCCACAUGCUUUAUUUUUAAACCUCAUCCCAGCAUGCGCGCAUGCAAAAUGUUCACUCGCGAUCUGUAAUUAGAGGGCUGAACUGGUCCAAUGUCCACAAUAUCCAGUAUGCUGUCAUCUAAAAUGAAUGUAAGUAUAAGGUGUACCACUUGAAUAAUUCCAAAUGCUGAUUGUUUGAAUGUACAAGCUACAACUAUAGAAGGAAUUGUAAUUCUAUUUGAUCACAUUCAAGUGAUAGAAUCAUUGGCCUUUUGUCUAUAAAAUAAUUAGAUUUUAUGGAUUUUACCAAUGGAAAUGCAACUGUUUGUUUGCUAAUAAGUCGUUUGGUCAAAAAAAUGUAUGCUAAUGAUGCUAGCCAAAAUGGUGACCUCAUCAUGUCUGUUUGCUAACACAAGUUUGGGCAAAAAAAAAAAAAAAGGAUGCUAAUGAUGCUAGCUGAAAUGUGACAUAUUGUCACAUUUCAGACCUAACUGCUUGCUUUAAUGACUUUUUAGCAUUACAAAAUAUUUUCUGACUGUAUCCUACAUAUUUUUGUUACAUCCUUGCAAGAUUUUCUAGGACAAAUUGGCUAUCAUAUCUGGCUGUUGUGAAGUUUUGUUAUCGCCUGUAUAUAUGAUGAAGACAAUGAGCACAUUGUAUUUUAGAAAAGCUUUCAGUGGACAUUUUCUUUUUGGCAGGGUACUUAUUUUUUUUAAAGGAAGUGAUCUGUUACUGGAGUAAUUGUGCUUAGUCGCCUUAAAAGCAAUAGAGUCCAUGUUGGAAUGAAAAGAUCUGCGGGUUCUUACAAAGGAUGCUCUUGUGUGUGUUUGCUUCUGUAGUCAUCUCGAAGUGUGAGUGAGGGGAUUUGGGAAAGUGGAUGUACAUUAUAAUUAUUAUUUAAGCCACUUUGUGUUGUUUUUCUGCUUCUUGACAAUGAAUUCCUCCGCACUUAAAUGUGGUCCCCUAAACUGCAUACAACUAGUGCUGUCAACAUUAAUAUGCAAAUUAAGCCAGAGGUGAAAACAUUUUAUGAACUCACAGAAAUGUAUAUAUACCGGAAAAAAAUUAAGACUGAGCAGGUUAUGCCAGAAUGUUAGUUUUAAGCCAUUUACCGUUAAAGUACAACCCCUAGCAAAAAGUCUGGAAUCACCAGUCUCGGACGAGCACGCAGACAUUUUAUGUUGAACAAACUGAUAAAAAGCUUGAAAAGAAUAUUGAAUUUGUUCAAAAGUGCAACUCUCUAGCAUUCAGAAACACGAAAAGAAAUGAGUUUAAAACAUUGUGGUGGUCAGUAAAUGUUACUUUUAUAGAGCAAGUGCAGGGAAAUAUAGAAUCGCUCCAUUUUGAGGGAAACAUUUAUGGAAUCAUGAGAAACAAAGGAAUAAUAAAACAUCUAGUAUUUGGUUGCACCACCUCUGGCUUUUAUGACAGCUUCAUUACUCCCAAACAUUUUCAAUUGAAGGGAUAAGAAAGAUGUCUAAAAUUUCAAAUGUUCAAUGUAAACUUGUGCAUUUAUUGAAGAUUUAACCACAGCCAUCUCCCCAGUGCCUUUGCCUGACAUGCAGCCCCAUAUCAUCAAGGACUGAGGGAAUUUUGAUGUUUUCUUCAGGCUGUCAUCUUGGUAAAUCUCCCUGGAACGGCACCAAACAAAAGUUCCAGCACCAUGUACAAUGCAGAUUGACUCAUCACUGAAAAUAAGCUUCAUCCAGUCAUUCACAGUCCAUGAUUACCUCUCCUUAGCCCAUUGCAGUCUUGUUCUUUUCUGUUUAAGUGUCAAUGAUGGUUUCCUUUUAGCUUUACUGUAUGAAAAUCCCAUUUCCUUAGAUGAUUUUGCACAAUUCUGUCACAUACCUUGACUCUAGCUUCCUCCCAUUUCUUCAUUUGUCUUGUUGUACAUCUACUGUUUUCAAGACAUAUGGCCUUUAGUUAUGACGUUUGGAUGUCUUCCUCUGUCUACCAGUACCCUUACCUUUAACAACCUUGCCAUGCUGUUUGUACUUGGUCUAGAUUUUUAAUACAGCUGACUGUGAACAGCCCACAUCUUUGGCAACCAUAUGUGCAGCGUUACCUUCUUCAAGUUUGAUAAUCCUCUCCUUGGUCUCGAGACCAGGGGUCGCGUUAACCGAAUAUUUUCCGUCGUUGACUGUUUUUUUUAAAACGGUGACGGAAGUCCAGCCGUCACUUUGACAGGUUGCAAUUCACACCCCAGACCACAGGUUGGCGAGUGAGCAUUUAAUUAGCUAUUGUCUCUCUUGAUGCAUGACGUCGUUGGCCUUACUCGGAAAAAUGUCAAGGCAUGGCCGAACUGUUCUCCCUGUAUUUUUCAGACACUGAGAGAAAAGUCUGGGACACAGCCUCUCGAGUAGGUACAAAAUCAAUUGACAAAUCAGAUUUGUUUAUUUGCGUGAUGUGUUCCUCACGAGCAACGUCACUCUUGCGCGCCGAAAGUCGUCUCUACAGCAACACGGAUGGCGGGAGAGCCGAGAAUAUGUUCCAUUCCGCGGUAAAUUCAGUUUCAAAUGAGCUAAAACACAUCGACACGAGACAUUGACAACAGUCUCUCGCGCUAGCCAUGUUGAAUAAACUCCGCUCUCCUCGUAUGUUUACUUCCGCGCGCAAGUCCCUCGUCCUGCCCUCGUCGCUUUGCUAACGGCACGUCUGCCCGUCGCUGAUUGGUGCACUCCGCUGUCUGUUUGCCUCUUGUUAAGCUUGUUCGGACAAUAUUAAUUAAAAAUGAAUGAAAACUAAAUACUAUUGAAUAUGUCAUUAUCAUUUUAAAAAUGUAAGUGACGGGUAAAAAUAGAUUAUGACCGGAUUUUUAUGACACUGUCAGUCAAAAUGACAGACAACGAAAAAGUCUAGCGCAACCUCUGCUCGAGACAUCUCUCUUGUUGGAGCCAUGAAUCCACUUGGUCCAGCAGCCCUCCAAGGUGUGAUAACUGCCCUGUUUUUAACUGCUGACUAACGAGCAGAUCUAAUCUGAGGCAGUGUCCCAAAUAAGGAAGGGGAAAUUGACUGGGUGUGUCUGUAUUUUAUACUCAAAAUGGAGUGAUUCCAUUUUUAUUUAUUUAUUUUUUUAAAGAAUGGAGUGAUUCUAUAUCUCCCUUCACUUGCUCUAUAAAAGAUUUACUGACCACCACAAUGUUUUUGUAUUCAUUUCUUAGUGUUUCUGAAUGAACUAAUUCAUUAUUUUUUUCAAGCUUUUCAUAGAGUUUCUUCUACAAAAUAAAAUGUCUGAGUGAGUACACGUCCGAGACUGGUCCUUCCAUACUUUUUGCUCGGGGUUGUAAUCCAUCUGAUGUAACAACCACUAGGUAGAGGCGGGUAGUAACUUGUUACAUGUACUCCGUUACUUUAACUCAGGGCCGGCCCAGCCUAUAAACCCUACUCACCUACGUCACAAAAUGGGCGUGUCGCUGUUUCCGGCCACCAUAUUGUACCUCUUUUUCAGACCUAUUCUCAUUGUUUUCAAUUAGUCGAGCAAGUUAUAGAGCAAUUCAUGGAAGCCCCGGUGUUAUCUGACGCUGUGAACUCAUUGGAUCCGUUGCAUAAAAGGCGUUACAUGGAAGAGCUUCAGUUUAUCCAUUCGCCAGAUCCGUAUUUGAUGCCUAAAUCGAUGUUUUUCGACCCGCUGGCUUCGCCUGACAUCUGAUAUCGAUAUUUACAACUAUCUUGUCCACACAAAAUCAGCCUAUUCUCACGAAAGUUUGAAAAACUUUAAGAGCUUGGAGGCUUAUAAAUGCUACGUUGCUGGUUGGGUGAAACACGUCCUCGUACACGAAAAUUCGGCAGGAAUCUUGUGCUCGGAAGGUGAGUUACAAAAUUUUCAAUUCAAAAUCUUUUGUUCUUGCUAACAUCCACUGUCAAGUCUAAUGUAUUUCAUGUCAUUUGUCAAUGGAGCUAGGGCUUUUAAUGUUUAUAUGGUUUAGCGAUAGCACUCACUACAUACAUACGUGUAUGCUGUCGGCGAUUAGCCUAGCAAUGAUCUUAAUUGUGGUUGUCAGCCCAAAACCCUCUAAAUAUAGAUUAAAUGCAUUUUACCUGAUAUAAAAUGACUACUACAUAAUCUGUGGUAGUCGUUUGGAGCCCAGUUUUCGCGUCGAAUUGCAGCAGCCCAUCUCGCUCUUCUCUCCGGGUCCCUCGGAAUCCGGUAAAACUUCAAGUCUCUCCGUCUAUCUUCUCUGUUAUUGCAACCGACCGCCACACACGACUUCACCAUUUUGAGUAUUAAUGUUGACGAGCAGUAAAACGUGCAAUAAUAGGAGGAAUUUACGAAGCGCUAAUGCAUUUCUAUGACGAGUAUGCGGACAACAUGGCGCGGGGGCGUGGCUGUGACGUCACGUGAGUAGGGUCUAUACGCAGACUAUACAGCUGCUUA